CCCCGCUAUAAAAGGCCAGACCACACCGAGCUUCACCAGUGGGCAUGGCAGCAGCCUCAGCGGCAACAUGCUAAGGAAUCCCUUCUGUUUCGUACUGCAGGUUGUGGCAGUUCUGCUGCAAACCGAGCCAUCAUCAUGCGGUUGUUCUCCUGCUGCACCACGCAGCAAUGAAAUCCUGGGGGCGUAUCCCAUGUCAUCGACACGUGCCGGUGACAUUUGCCUCGUGGAAGAUUCAUCGCCGCCAACUAUCAUCACUGCAUCUAUGCGAACUGCGUCUACGUCGUACCACAUGACCCGCUUCCCCGCUAUAAAAGGCCAGACCACACCGACCUUCACCAGUGGGCAUGGCAGCAGCCUCAGCGGCAACAUGCUAAGGAAUCCCUUCUGUUUCGUACUGCAGGUUGUGGCAGUUCUGCUGCAAACCGAGCCAUCAUCAUGCGGUUGUUCUCCUGCUGCACCACGCAGCAAUGAAAUCCUGGGGGCGUAUCCCAUGUCAUCGACACGUGCCGGUGACAUUUGCCUCGUGGAAGAUUCAUCGCCGCCAACUAUCAUCACUGCAUCUAUGCGAACUGCGUCUACGUCGUACCACAUGACCCGCUUCCCCGCUAUAAAAGGCCAGACCACACCGACCUUCACCAGUGGGCAUGGCAGCAGCCUCAGUGGCAACAUGCUAAGGAAUCCCUUCUGUUUCGUACUGCAGGUUGUGGCAGUUCUGCUGCAAACCGAGCCAUCAUCAUGCGGUUGUUCUCCUGCUGCACCACGCAGCAAUGAAAUCCUGGGGGCGUAUCCCAUGUCAUCGACACGUGCCGGUGACAUUUGCCUCGUGGAAGAUUCAUCGCCGCCAACUAUCAUCACUGCAUCUAUGCGAACUGCGUCUACGUCGUACCACAUGACCCGCUUCCCCGCUAUAAAAGGCCAGACCACACCGACCUUCACCAGUGGGCAUGGCAGCAGCCUCAGCGGCAACAUGCUAAGGAAUCCCUUCUGUUUCGUACUGCAGGUUGUGGCAGUUCUGCUGCAAACCGAGCCAUCAUCAUGCGGUUGUUCUCCUGCUGCACCACGCAGCAAUGAAAUCCUGGGGGCGUAUCCCAUGUCAUCGACACGUGCCGGUGACAUUUGCCUCGUGGAAGAUUCAUCGCCGCCAACUAUCAUCACUGCAUCUAUGCGAACUGCGUCUACGUCGUACCACAUGACCCGCUUCCCCGCUAUAAAAGGCCAGACCACACCGAGCUUCACCAGUGGGCAUGGCAGCAGCCUCAGCGGCAACAUGCUAAGGAAUCCCUUCUGUUUCGUACUGCAGGUUGUGGCAGUUCUGCUGCAAACCGAGCCAUCAUCAUGCGGUUGUUCUCCUGCUGCACCACGCAGCAAUGAAAUCCUGGGGGCGUAUCCCAUGUCAUCGACACGUGCCGGUGACAUUUGCCUCGUGGAAGAUUCAUCGCCGCCAACUAUCAUCACUGCAUCUAUGCGAACUGCGUCUACGUCGUACCACAUGACCCGCUUCCCCGCUAUAAAAGGCCAGACCACACCGACCUUCACCAGUGGGCAUGGCAGCAGCCUCAGCGGCAACAUGCUAAGGAAUCCCUUCUGUUUCGUACUGCAGGUUGUGGCAGUUCUGCUGCAAACCGAGCCAUCAUCAUGCGGUUGUUCUCCUGCUGCACCACGCAGCAAUGAAAUCCUGGGGGCGUAUCCCAUGUCAUCGACACGUGCCGGUGACAUUUGCCUCGUGGAAGAUUCAUCGCCGCCAACUAUCAUCACUGCAUCUAUGCGAACUGCGUCUACGUCGUACCACAUGACCCGCUUCCCCGCUAUAAAAGGCCAGACCACACCGAGCUUCACCAGUGGGCAUGGCAGCAGCCUCAGCGGCAACAUGCUAAGGAAUCCCUUCUGUUUCGUACUGCAGCAACGGUUGUGGAGCCUCACUGCCUGAGUCGUGCACCACCUGUUUUCUCCAAAGUCCUGGAUGCCUGUUGAUCACAUGAAACAGUUUGCUUAUUUUCUUCAUUAUGCACAAAGAAGAGGAGGUACUUGGCCUAAAGUGGCACUGGAAGACAGAAGAAAAGAGCAUUUCCAUGAGCAUGGGAAGUCAAGGGGCAACAAAAAAGGUUUACACAUCACCAACCGUGGUACUCCGGACAAGACAGAGAGGCCCACUGGCAUCAAACGAGGGGUUUCAACAAGGCAACUUGUCUUCAUCCCUGGCGAUGACAGUUCCUUUUUCGACCAGUCCUUUGUUCUACCACUGUAGAUUACAAACCAGCAGGCGUGCCCCCGUGAUGGCCAGUGGUGUGCGCCAGCUGCCCUGCCCGUAUUGCCCGAUGCGGUUCAAGCGCCGGUGGAACCUCAACAUGCACGUGCACACACACACAGGCGAGCGGCCUUACCAGUGCUGCUACUGCUUCCGGGCCUUUGCUGACCGGUCCAACAUGCGCAAGCACAUACUCAUCCACACGUGCAAGCAACCCAUGGCUUGACAUUGCCCGUGCAGCUUGGGCUUUGCUGGCGCACUUGCUGUUGUGUCACGCGACCCCGUAGAGUGGCAACGUUGGAAUGCAAGGGCAGUGCUGUGUCAGCAACGCACAGACAUUUUGUUUUUGUAAAACGCUUUCCAACUUUGCUACAUGCCGUCAAAUUGUUUGUGAAGGCAUUUGCAUUGUUUUUUCUAAUAAAAAAGUAAAAUACUGA